AUGCCUCUGAAGAAAGUGAUGGUUCUAUAUCCAUACCCCCAAACUCCCAUUCCACACACAUGGGAUAACAUCCUAGGAGUGCAUGUCCCCAGGAAUCAAGAAGCCAUCCAAGUUGAACAGAAGUCUGACCUUGAGGCUUCCCGACAGCGUUUCAGGUUUUUUCGAUACCCAGAAGGGGUUGGGCCUUAUGAGGCCCUAAGCCAACUUCAGGCACUUUGUCUUCAAUGGCUGAGACCAGAAAUUCACACAAAGGAGCAAAUAUUGGAGUUGCUGGUACUGGAACAAUUCCUGACCAUCCUGCCUGGGGAAAUCAGGACUUGGGUGAAAUCACAUAAUCCAAAGAAGAGUGAAGAUGUGGUGGCCUUGGUAGAGGAUUUGGCUCAAAUGCUAGAGGAAGAAGCUCUGCCUUCUGAGGACUCUGCACUUCCCCAAGAGGAGAGCACUGAGGAGGGACAGGACUCUGUGUCCCUGCUGGCCAGGUGCCAGGAAGCACCAACUUUCCAGGAUGUAGCUGUGGAUUUUACCUGGGAAGAAUGGAAGCAACUGGACCCUGCUCAGCAAGAUCUGUACAGGAGUGUGACGCUGGAGAACUAUCAGAACCUGGUGUCUCUAGGUCUUCCUGUCUCCAAACCAGACAUAAUCUCCCAGCUGGAGCAAGAGGCAUCAUGGGGCCUGAAGCGAGACGUUGCCAACGGUUCCUGUCUAGAUUGGGAAACUACUCAUGAGACCAAAGAAGCAAAUUCAAAGCAAGAUAUAUUUGGUGAAAAAUCAUCCCAAGAAAGACUAAGAAGGGGUGGUCCUGGGCAGUCAAUCAAAGAUUUGGGGUAUGAUGGCAGGUUUGAAGGAAAACAGCAGGGGAACUUGGAGAGAAGGCCAAAGCAAGUACUAAUCAUUCAUAAGAAAACCCCUACAACAAUGAAAGAACACGAAUAUAAUAUACUGCAGAAAAAUUCAAUUCUUGUGACACAACAAACUAUGCCUGUAAGAAAGAGUUUCCAUAAACAUGGCACACGUGAAAAGACCCUCAAAAAGUUGUCUGAUCUAAUUAAACGUAAUAGAAUUGCCUCAGGGAAGGAAUCUUGUAAAUAUAACAAAUGCACUAAAGCCUUUAGUUACCAAUCAGAUAUUAUUCAGUAUCCAACAGUGUCCAUCACUGAAGAGAAAUCCCACACAUGUAAUGAAGAAGACUUUAGUCAAAGUACUGACCUGACUCAACAACAGAAAAGUCAUACUGAGGAGGAGACCUAUAAUUAUACUGAAUAUAGAAAUGUCUUCAGUCAAAUGGAAUACUUUGCUAACCAGAAGACAAUUAAUACUGGAGAAAAACUCCAUAAAUCCAGUACCUGUGAGAAAACCUCUGAUGACUCAUCUCUUACUAAACCUCAGAAGAUUCCUUCAGGAGAGAAAUCUUAUAAAUGUGAUGAAUGUGCGAAAGCUUUCAGUAACAAAUCAUCUCUUGCUCUACAUCAGAGAAUUCAUAGGAGAAAAAAACCUCAUACAUAUAAUUCAUGUGGGAAAACCUUCCAUCAGAGCACAAAACGCAUUAAACAAAAGAGAAUUCGUACAAGAGGCAGACCCCGUAAGCAUGAAGAAUGUGGGCAGGCUGUUGGUCAAAAUUCAUCCCUCUGUGAACAUGAAAGGAUUCAUAGGGGAAGGAGAGCUCAUAGUUGUAAUGAAUGUGGGAAAGUCCUCAGCCAGAAAAGACAUCAUAGUAAAAGGAGAAUUAAAACUAGAAAAAGUAAUUGA